CUUCUUCUUUUUUUUUUUUUUUUUUUUUUUUUUUUUUGGUUCUUUUUUUCCGGAGCUGGGGACCGAACCCAGGGCCUUGCGCUUCCUAGGCAAGCGCUCUACCACUGAGCUAAAUCCCCAACCCCUGAGCUAAAUCCCCAACCCUGGCUUCCUCUCUUCUUAAACCCAGACAUUUCUGUUUGAAAGGUUCUGGUCCUGGCCCCUUUCAGGGUGACUAACUUAUUCAGCAUUAUCCCAGUUUAGCACUGACAGUCCCAUAACUUGGGAAACUCCCCAGUCCCAGUCUAUGUCCCCUUGCCCAGGAAAGGCCUGGCAUUGGGUCCUUCUCAGAGUGCUCAUCCCCCAAACAGUCACUUCCUCAAUGGACCUAAGGAGUCUUGAUGAAAGCCAAGUUUAGGUAUCUGCUCUCAUCCUGAAGGCUCUGAGUCUUCCCAGGACUAAUUACAGCCAAUGUUUAUUGAGCACCUACUAGGAUCCAGGCCCCAGGCCUGAGCCUAGGGCUUUCUGAGUGUCAUCACUCAAUUCUCCAGAGUCUUGAGAAGGUAAUUCCCCCCCCCCCCCCCCCCCCCCCCCCCCCCGUGUGCAGGGAGCACACCUGUUAGGACAAAGCCGCAGUGGACAGAAAGUAAACAAGUAACUUAAGUAGCGCUGUCGAAAAGGUUACAUGCUUGUAGAGUAAAAUGUACCAGGGAAGAAACACCUUGAAAAUCGCUGCUCAAGAGCGGCCUCACUGGGAAGAAGCCCUGAAGACACACUGGGAACCAGUCCAGGUAGAUGGAUCAGCAUGGACAAGGGUGGGAGGCUGAGUGCUGGCAUAAAGGAGGGACAGCAGCAAGGUCUGUGUAGCCGGGAGGCAGUGAUAAAGACCUGGGGGCAGCUUAGGGUUAGAUGGGAGCCAUGGAGGAUUUAGGCAGAGGAGCGACACUUUCUGACUCAGACAUUCCCUAGACUACCCUAGAUCCUGUUGAAGGAGAUGUACGGGUGAGGGGGCUGGAUGGGGGGGGCAUCCAGGAGGCUUCUGCAACACCCUGGGUGAAUGAUAGCAGCAGCGGGUCUGAUACGUGGAUAGACACUGGAUAAAUUCUAAAAUUUAGCCAGCAGAGUUUCCAGAGAAUGGUGUAUGAGCCAAGGGAAGGAGACACUGUGAGGUGUUCCUCCUGGGCAGCUAAAAGUGAAGGGAGCAUCUUUACCCAAGAUGGAGAAGUUGUGAACGGAGGAGGACACAGAGGAAGAGAGGAGCUUGGUUUGGAUGGUUUCAGUUAGACAGAUGGAGAUGUGGGAAGGGCAGGUGGGUACCAGUAUCUGUGGGCUGGAGGACUGGCAGAGCUCUCAGUGACUGCCCCAUUUUGCAGGUGAGGAAAGUGAGGCUCCUGCAAGCAUUAAAAGGAGCAGCCAGGAUCCAACUUCGGUCUCUGAUUCCACAGCCCUGCUCUACUCACAGCAGUGGAUAGGAGGCUGCCGGCCAUUCUGCACAGCGGUGGAGGCUGAGAGGGGAGCCCAGCUAGCUGUUUGCUGGCCAGCUUUCUUGUCUUCAGGGCUGAGCCAGGAAGGAGCCUAUGCUUAGAACACAAGUGGCACAAGAGCCAAGUGGCCUGAGGCGCCAGCAGCCCCAGGAGUACAGCCGGCCUGGCCUGAGGCCGCCAUCCUCGCAGCAAGAGAGCAUUCGGUUAGCAUCGAUUGCUCAGAGAAGAGCAGCUGGCCAGGCUGGGGGCAGGAGAGAGAGGGCUGAAGGCCGGAGAGAGUGGCUACUCACAGAGCAGCCUGCAAAGCUUCACAGAGACCCACUGACCUGCCCAGGGGCCAUGAGGAAACUAGCCAUUGGGGAUGCCCCUACUUAGGGGUAGAGGGGCAGCCCCUUGGGUGCUAAGCUGGCUGCAGUGGCUGUCCUGACGAUUUGGAGCCUGAGAAAGCUGACCAGCCCGAUUUGAGGAUGCUCUACCCACUCCCGGCAUCAGGAGGCUGAAGCUAGAGUCCCAGCCUAAAGGCAGGGUAGCUUGGUGGGACCUGACCCGCUGCUGUGUUCUCCACCUGCGACCAGUCACUGAUGCUCUGGGCACCUCAUUUUCGCCUGUGCCAGUACUGCUACUGAGGGCUUCAGUUAAAGAUGUAUUCCAGCCUUAGAUCCUCCUCGUUAGUUCUCUUCCAACUUCUGGUGGCCAGGGUGCAGCAGACAGACCCUGCUGAUGCUGGUUCUGGUGCUAAGCUCUCCGACCACCCUGGUCCAGCUGAGCUGAGGUUACAGUCUUCCUUAGAGCUCUGCACCAUCAGCGGGAGUGGGAAGCACAGGCCCUUUCCCACCUCGGUGCGUUUGCACGUGCUAUUCUGCUGCCUAAUCUCGCCACCCAUCCCACCGGGUCUGGUCCCAUGGGACCGUGAGGAGUUGGCUGCUCAUGCUCAGCUUGGCAGGAGGAGUUUGGGGUUUGCCAACUGACCCGAGGCCACUGCUAGCUCCCUUGCUUGCAUGUCCUCUGAUGAACAGUGUGCUGAGGUCUGAGCAGAUUCCCCUCAGCUACGGCAGCAGAACAGAGCAGGACCCUUCUCAGCCCUAGUACAAAGGUCAAAUACUCUCUGGGAGGCUGAGGAAGGGCUGGUGUUACACAAGGGUGGGAAGCAGAGGCUCUCCUUAGGCCCCUCCCUUAAUCUUCGUUAUACACUUCCGGUACCUACCAGGGUAUUGCCACCCCUUAUGCAAAUGAGCCAUGACGCACAUUGCUAGACCCUUCCCACACUGGCUGCCAUGACUCUCCUAGGCUAGGGGCAAGUAUGAAUGGGAGAAGCAAUGACUGAGGCUGUAGGGCUGCUUGGGAGCUCACGUGCGUGGGAGGCCGGAGGCUUGGGAGUAGCGAAGCAGAACACAGUGAAGAGCAUCCCCUGGAGGGAAGGAAAGUGGAGCUGGGUCUUCUCCCUUCCGCCACCUCAAGUAGAAGGCAGCCCCGCCCAGGAGGGGCUUGAUGAGUCUGGCAGGAGAGGUGCAGGGCCCCUCCGCAGAGACUUGGAUUCCUGCUAAUUUGCAAUUUUAAAAUGCGCCGGCAAAGGCUCCAUCCUCAUUGUUGGUACAUUAAUCAGGCAAUCCGUGGGGCGGAGCUCCCAAGGGCCUCAUAGAGGGGGCAUAGAAGGCGCCAUGGUGAUGCAGUGCUUGCCUCCCUGGGAAGAAACCUGCUGGGUGACAAUCCUAGAAUUGGCACUUGCUUGCUCAGGCAAGGAGUCCAGAAGUAGCCAGGACUGACUGAGAGCUAGCUCAGGGUCCUGGAGUAAUGACAGUGACUGUUAAAGGCACGGAUGCAGAUUGGCCCAGCCCCUCAACACCCCCUCCCAUUAGAAGAGAUGAACGUUCUGGGAAGCUAACGUCCCUGGCAUGGACCCUGGCAUGUGGAAAAAUACUAAAGGACAGGGACCAGCUGUCCCAAGCCUGCAUCCUAUUAGCAUGCUUCCAGAAGAGUCCUUCACUGCAGGAAGUGACUGUCCUACAAGGUCCUUGUGGUCUCAUUGCCUUAGGCCUCCUAGUGCUGAUAGCCUAUUCUUCCUUGAGGGUGCUGUGUGGAAUUGCUGCUGUUGCUGCUGGCUGGAGAGCUACCUCUGAGUGGUGGUUGUCCUCGAGACUGUGUGUGCUACCCCUCGCCCAUGACUGUCAGUUGCCAGGCACACAACUUUGCCGCCAUCCCCGAGGGCAUCCCAGAGGACAGCGAGCGCAUCUUCCUGCAGAACAAUCACAUCACCUUCCUCCAGCAGGGCCACUUCAGCCCCGCCAUGGUCACCCUCUGGAUCUACUCCAACAACAUCACUUUCAUUGCUCCCAACACCUUUGAGGGCUUUGUGCAUCUGGAGGAGCUAGACCUUGGAGACAACCGGCAGCUUCGAACGCUGGCACCCGAGACCUUCCAAGGCCUGGUGAAGCUUCACGCCCUCUACCUCUACAAGUGCGGACUGAGCUCCCUGCCUGCGGGCAUCUUUGGUGGCCUGCACAGCCUGCAGUACCUCUACUUGCAGGACAACCAUAUUGAGUACCUCCAAGAUGACAUCUUUGUGGACCUGGUCAACCUCAGUCACUUGUUUCUCCAUGGCAACAAGCUAUGGAGCCUGGGCCAGGGCAUCUUCCGGGGCCUGGUGAACCUGGACCGGUUGCUGCUGCAUGAGAACCAGCUACAGUGGGUCCACCACAAGGCUUUCCAUGACCUCCACAGGCUAACCACCCUCUUUCUCUUCAACAAUAGCCUCACCGAGCUGCAGGGUGACUGCCUGGCCCCCCUGGUGGCCCUGGAGUUUCUUCGCCUCAAUGGGAAUGCUUGGGACUGUGGCUGCCGGGCACGGUCCCUGUGGGAAUGGCUGCGAAGGUUCCGUGGCUCCAGCUCUGUUGUCCCCUGCGCGACUCCAGAGCUGCGGCAAGGCCAGGACCUGAAGUCGCUGAGGGUUGAGGACUUCCGGAACUGCACUGGACCAGCGUCUCCUCACCAGAUCAAGUCUCACACGCUUAGCACCUCUGACAGGGCUGCCCGCAAGGAGCACCAUCCCUCCCACGGUGCCUCCAGGGACAAAGGCCACCCACAUGGCCAUCUGCCUGGCUCCAGGUCAGGUUCCAAGAAGCCAGGCAAGAACUGCACCAGCCACAGGAACCGAAACCAGAUCUCUAAGGGGAGCGCUGGGAAAGAGCUUCCUGAACUGCAGGACUAUGCCCCCGACUAUCAGCACAAGUUCAGCUUUGACAUCAUGCCCACUGCACGACCCAAGAGGAAGGGCAAGUGUGCCCGCAGGACCCCCAUCCGUGCCCCCAGUGGGGUGCAGCAGGCCUCCUCAGGCACGGCCCUCGGGGUCUCACUCCUGGCCUGGAUACUGGGGCUGGUGGUAUCUCUCCGCUGAGGACCCAGGGCACCGUCACCCAGCACUGCCACCUGUCCAGCAAGGAACAGAAUCUUUUCUUCUUUUCUUUUCUUUUCUCUAAGUGGAAGAUCUGCUGGGUUUCAGGAAAAGGCUGCUAAAACCUUCAGUCACAGUCUGGACCCUUCCUGGUGGAUUAUAAGCCCAACGUGUACAGCUGUAGACAGGAAGGGUAGCACAUCUUACCUGGCUGUCCUGACCGAGCACCUCCGGACAGUAUCCACUCCAGCACAGUGGUCAAAGGCACACCAAGUGAGUCGUUAGUGGUGUCAGGACAUGUGCCCCUUGAAGAAACUGGGCUCUGCGGAAUCCUGGUCACUUGGAAAGAAGGGCUGAAGGACCCUGCUGGUUUCGGAAGGAGCAGGACUCAGAACAAGGCUCACCCAGAGUCAGCUGGGGCAAACAGCAAUCUCAGAGCACUCUUGGCUCUUGCCUGAGAUCACUUAGUUAACUGGCCCUGUCCAAUCCUAUGCCUCCCUCAGUCCCUACCCAUGAGGGUAAUGCCUCUCAUUCCUGAAGUCUCAGGCAGUCCUGGCAGACUUGCUGGGGUUCAAGAACCAAUCACCAAAGGAGAGAUCGCCAGAGGAUGACAUAUAGAACUUUACUCGUAAUGAGAGUCACACAGAAGGUGCAGUUUUAUACCUAUGUCCACUUAUAUAUAUAUUCUCACUCUGACCACACAUCCACAUAAUAUAUAUAUAUAUAUUAUAAAUAUAUAAAUGCACAGGUCCCCCAACCCACUCCUUACCAAACUGUAUGUCUUAUCAUGUUUAUAAACUAUACGGGAACCUAUAUCUGUAUCGGUAAUUUCUAGCAAGAAAAAAGCUGUGGCAUUUUUGUUAUCUCAGCUGGCAACAAUAGUUCCUGGGCUUGCUGGGGCAAAGGUGUCUGUGAGAAGAGUCAGGAAGGAAGAGAAGCAGGGAGAAUCACUUCAGGGGACCAACAUUCUUAGAUACUUAGAACAUCACCUCGUUUUUAUAUGCAACACAUGCCUGUCUGGCACCCCGGAGCACCCCUACUGUAGAAGCUGCAGACGUUAGCGAGAGAAAUGGAUGUCAGAGUGCUGGAGGCAAGCUAGGUGGAGCUGGGGAAGAUGUUUCUGGGGUUUUCAAGCCAGCCAACAAGGCAGCAUCUACAGUGUUAGUCCAGUGGGUUGGAUGGACAAUGUCCUCCUAGCGUUUUGCCAGUAAUGGACUGUGCAGGCCAGGGAGGCUCUGAGCUCUGGCCUCAGGAGAGGUUUAGCUGCAGUUUUAACAUUUAGGCUCUUUGGCCCGUGACCUGCUGAGGGCCGUGAGUAGUCUGGCAGUGGGGAAAACUCUAGUGGCCUUAGCAGAUGAGGGGGUUUCAGCAGCCUUCUCAGGCACCCUGCAUCACUGCGGUUCUGUUCCUCUUGAUCAUCCUGGAUCACUUAGACAGGCAGAGGUCAGAGGGCCAGACUCAGGAGUCAGCCUGGAUAGGCAGCAUGCAGGCAAGCCCAGUCAGGGAAUAGGGGCUGUUGGCCCAAGGGUCUCUGGCAAACAGUCUCUUGAGACCUGAAUUCCCUACCAGAGAGGAUACGUGAGGAGUAAGAAAUGCUGAAUCCAAUUAAGAGAGAAAAAUAAUAAUAAAAAUUCUCUUGGACAAGAA